AUGAAGAACGUAUCCUCGCGCAUUCACGUGGGGAAAGGAUCCAUGACACACAUCGGCACCACUCCAUAUCGUUUCCGCAUCGAGAUAUUCGUGUCGUACGUUGACCAUGUCAAAAAUGUUUCCGAUGUGUGCGUCACAUGGGAACGACGCGGGAACUCCGAAGCGACCAACCUCGUCAAAGUUAAGGAAAAUAAGGCUGUUUUUAAGCACACCUUGUCGAUGGAGUCGACCUUAUUCAGAAGGGUUAACAAUGCAAAAGGUGCUCCCUCGACAAACCAGGACCAACUCCAGUUUGACGAAAAGAAAGCUAAAGUAGUGCUUCGAAAAGGUUCAUCCACCGGUAAGGCUAUAGGAAAGAUUCAUCUUAACAUGGCAGACUACAUCAGAGGGCCAACAAGCACAGUCUUUGCCGAUAUGAAACUCUCAAACGGUUCAAUCAUUGUCACCAGAAUUGAGGCUACCAUGCUCCACAUGGGAAAGAAGAAGAAGAACGACUCCAAGGCGGGAUCAGAAGCCUGCUCAGAAAUGACCGACGCGAACAGUAUAGAAGAUUCGCUUUUUGGUGAUGAUGACGCAGAUCUAGGUGAUAUCGAGAUAGAAACUACCCCGGUACCAGUAGAGGGCAAGACACCCGGCGCAGCUGUCCUGAGUCCCGUGUCUUCAGCAUCUGCUUCCUCCACCACUGCUUCACUAACAACAAAAGCCUCCGGAUUGGACGACCUGGUUGGCAAUGGAUCUAUGAAGGAGGCCAGUUCCAGUCCCUCCUCUCUGAAAGGGACUUCAGGUGCUCAAGAGGACAGCUACGGACCUGCUUCCUCGUCCUCUGCAGCGCUCAGAAACAAAUCUUCGCAAAGAGGCCCGAGAUCUUUAAAAUCUGUUAAAGGAGAUGAGGAGCUCAAAGAAAGUCCCUCUCUACGUCUCAAGCUGAAGAAGAAAAUGAAAACUAAGAGGAAGGAAAAGGACCCAUCGAAGGGUGAAAAAGAAGCUUCUACGGGUGCCUUGCCGCCUCAGUCCCCUGAGAGGGCAGCUGAGGUUGCAGAGCUCAAGAACUUAGUCGAAUCCCUAAAAAAAGAGAACGCAAAACUGAAAGCUUCAAAGCAAGCUGCGAUGGAUGAAAUCGAUGCGUUGCGUACUGACCUUGAAGCAUGUGAGGCCGCACUAGAGGUCGGCAGUAGAAGUGCAUCUCAACCGAGAGGAGCCCUCGAAAUGUCCAAGACGCUUAAGGAAAAAGACAAGACUAUAACCGCUCUUGAAGCCCAAAAUGAUUCUCUUCUGCAAGAACUAGAAGAACUGCAUAACGAAGCAGUGCAAGGGGCGGGAGGCGUGGAGUCGGCCCAAAUAACAUCUCUGCAGAAUAAGAUUGAAGAUUUAGAGAUUGCACUGAGAAGAGAACCCCAGUACAUGGACGUGGUGAACGAACUGAAAGUUACAAAAGUAUCCCUGGCACUCGCAAACAUGGAAAAAGAACAGGCUCAGUUCGCGAUGCAAACUCACUGUGGACAGAAAUCGAUUAACAACAACUAACGGUAUCAAGUAAAUUACUUCGUAGUGGCGACUGAAAUGGUGGCUUGAGCCCAAGGCUAUCGAAUUAUAAACAAUAGUAUGACGUUGUUAUGUACCUGUAAACUAUUUCCUAUGGAA